GAAGGGAGGGUCAGCCGGGGCGGGGACCUCCCGCCCCAAGCUUCCCUUUGACUUGUGCCUGCCCGCCCGUCUCCGGCCUGGCCUUGGGAGCCUCGGUCGCCUUUGGGCUUUUCUGACCCAGCUAGUCAGACCCAGACCCGCAUCAUGUUUCCGGUGAAGGUUAAAGUGGAGAAGUCAGAGUUGGAGAUGGCCAAAGCCCGAAACCAGCUGGAUGCGGUUCUGCAGUGUCUGCUGGAGAAGAGCCACCUGGACAGGGAACGUCUGGAUGAGGAAGCUGGGAAAACUCCCUCAGACACUCACAACAAGGAUUGUUCCAUUACUGCCACUGGCAAAAGGCCAUCUGCCCGCUUCCCUCAUCAGCGGAGGAAGAAGAGGAGAGAGAUGGAUGAUGGGCUGGCUGAGGGAGGCCCUCAGAGGUCCAACACAUAUGUGAUCAAGCUGUUUGACCGCAGUGUGGACCUGGCCCAGUUCAGUGAGAGCACACCUCUGUAUCCCAUCUGCCGAGCCUGGAUGCGCAACAGCCCCACUGUGCGGGAGCGGGAGCGGGAGCGGGAGCACUCACCCAGCUCUCCACUGCCCCCGUUGCCCGAGGAUGAGGAGGGUUCAGAGGUCACCAAUAACAAGAGUCAUGAUGUGUACAAGCUGCCUCCACCCACAGCCCCUGGGCCACCUGGAGAGGCCUGCAGACCCCGCAUUCCAUCCCCACUUCAGCCUGAGGCCCAGAGUGCCCCUGGUGAUGAGCCCUCUGAGCCAGAACCUUCACCCUCCACACUCAUCUAUCGCAACAUGCAGCGCUGGAAACGCAUCCGCCAGAGGUGGAAGGAGGCAUCUCAUCGGAACCAGCUCCGCUACUCGGAAAGCAUGAAGAUCUUACGGGAGAUGUACGAUCGGCAGUGAUGUUCCUAGGACCCACCACAAUAAACAUAUCCCCUUACCCCUGA